UAGGUGGGUCUAUGACGUACGUUUCAGGAGUGGACGGAAAGGGAGAAGGCUUUGGCAUUGGAGUAACACUAGGUGGAUCUAUACCGUGUCAGGAGUGAAGAUGACGACCAAAGGGUGAGAUGUUGACAGCUCUUCACAACUCACAAACGUCUUCCACAGCCAAUACUGACAUGGGUCGCAACCCUCCCAACCCGUGGGGCUAUCUCCUCGGUGUGGAUGUUUUACAUAUAUGACGUGACAAAGUAAUGUCCGCGAGCGAAUAACGUCCAUAAUUAUUAUAAAUAACAAAACGACAAUAAUAAUAAUAAUAAUAAUAAUAAUAAUAAUAAUAAUAAUAAUAAUAAUAAUAAUAAUAAUAAUAAUAAUAAUAAUAAUAACAUUAGUAUAGCACAUCUCCCCGCUCUACGAGAAGCUCUAUGAGCUUUCCAAUCAAUAGAUUAUCGAGAGACGUAGAAUAGACGCACACCUUGGAGCCCCCGGGUAUUCAUAAAAGCUGAUCAAAAGAAAAAGUAAAAAUGGGCGGUUCUACUUUCGUUCCUUCGUCCACCACAAUUACGCUGCUUCUGCUGUGCGUGUCUCUGUCGUGUCUGGUCAAACUGACCCAAGCAGACGAGUCGCCCGAGUGCCCUCGACCCUGCCAGUGUCACGGAGAGGCUGACCUCGAGGUCAACUGCUCCGGGAAGGUCAUCGCCUCGCCGCCCGCGACCUCCGGUUCGACCUUGACCCUCGACCUCUCUCACAACGCGCUGGGCCCCAUCAUCAACGCCAGCUUUCCGCGCAUGGCCAACCUGACCUCGCUCGACCUCGCCCACAACGGGCUCACACUCCUGCUGGGCUGCACCCUCACCGGGAUGCUGCAACUGCGCACGCUCAGUCUCCAUGGCAACCGGCUGACGUCACUUCCCGACGCCAUCUUCGCCGACACUUCCGGGUUGGAGGUGCUAGAUCUCAGCGGAAACGCCUUUAGAGAGUUGCCAGACGCCCCGCUGAGGUUCCUGGGGUCGCUCAAAUACCUGGACCUGUCCCGUAACCUCCUCAUUGACCUUCACCUCGGGCCACGCUUUCAGGUCCUCCGACUGCUGGAGCAACUAGACCUGUCCCACAACGCCUUCCCCUCGGUCCAGGAAGACGCCUUCCAGUACUGUACGGGAUGGGAACCCGGGAUCCGCCGCUCACUCAGGCUGGCCAACUGCAGCAUCGACCUGAUCGAGGAGGGCGCCUUCCAGAAGAUUCCCCACCUCUUCGCUCUGGAGCUGUCCGGGAACGAGAACAUUUCCCUGAGUAAUCUGACAUCGGCGGUGAGAGAGCUGGAGACCAAGGGUCUGGAGAGGCUUUCGUUGGCGGGGAACAACAUAUCUACGCUGGUGCCUUUCUUUGAUCAGGUGACCCGACUGUCCCUCAAGUCCCUCAACGUGUCCCACAACAACAUCCAGUCAAUACCGGCCGGCGUCUUCUCCAACGUGCGCAGUCUCCGGCGACUGGACCUCAGCCACAACCAGCUGACCGCCCUGGACCCAGGCUUCUCCGACCUAGAGAAUCUCCGCCUUCUCAACGUCUCCCACAACCAGUUGGAAAGUUUCCAGAGAGGGCCCGCCUCCAAUCUGGGCAAGCUCCGCGUGCUGGACGCCUCUUUCAACCGGCUUAGGGGAGGUAGCUCUGUCCACUUCUCUCCCCUUGUCCGACUGAGGCAUCUUGACGUCAGCAACAAUUUAAUGGCGUCUGUGGCGUUGCCAAGCAACACGACGUUUCUGAACUUCCUUGACUACCAUGCCAACGCUGUAACGGAGUUCAAAGGGCUCGAAGAUGCCAACAAUCUGGAGUUUUUCGACAUGAGCGACAACGAUUUGGAGAAAGUCCACCCGUUUCUUUUCAAACACGCGCGUCUUCUGAAACUCGCCAAUUUCAGCAGGAACAGCAUAACCAACUUGGACCCCCGAGCCUUCUUGCCGCAGUCACCGCUCACGGUUGACCUUUCUCACAACUUCCUUACCCAAAUACACUUCUCCAAUUGGGUGGCCACGCAGAGGCUCUCGCUGAACCACAACGAGCUGCACACAAUCGACAUACAGGCGUUUUACGGCAUGACGGGCCUGCAGUUCUUAGACCUGUCCAAGAACAAGUUGAGCAGCCUUCACGAGGACCUGCUGCAGUACAUGACGGCGCUCACACAUCUCAACCUGUCCCACAACUCGCUGACCGACAGCCAAUGGUUCUCCGUCUUCCGGCACCUCGAGAAACUGGACACUCUAGACCUGGGCUCCAACAAUAUUUCUUCCCUCACCGACGACAUGUUCCUGCCGCUGCCUAAACUCCGCGCCCUCUCGUUGGCCAGCAACGCUCUAGAGGUCAUCUUUCCCAAGACAUUCCGUGACCUGGAGAAUCUGGCGGAGCUUGACCUGUCCAAAAAUCCCUGGUCGUGCACGUGCGAUCUGCUAGCGUUCCGAGACUGGACCCAACGCGAGAGCGCGCCAAUCGUGAACCUCCACGCAGACAACUCGAGUCUGUACGCGUGCCACUCCCCGCCCCGCCGGUCCGGCGUUCACGUGAGUGACUGGGGCACUGACCAGCUGGAGUGUGACCAAUCGCUGCUCUACCUGGUCAUUUUCGGGUCAGUCGGUGCUUUUCUCAUCAUCGCCGGAGUGGGGUCCACGAUUGCCUACCGCUUGUGUAAACGUUGGAGGAAGAAGAGGAGGGAAAGGAAACGACUGGAGAUGUUGGAGGGAGGGAAGAAGAAGAAGAGGGGGAGGAGGAAGAAAAAGAUAGAUAAAGAAAUCGAGGACAAGGAGGACAGAGAAUUCCUCACGAGCGAGGAGAUCGCCGAGGAGAUCAAAGACGCUGUAGAGAGGCAAGAGUAUCUAGGUCAAAGGUUGUGGCGGAGAGAGAACGGGUAUGUGGCGUUCCCGGGGGAGACGAAGAGGUACCGAGAUCAGAGCAGGCUGGAGAGUAAACGGCGGUCAGAGAACAGGGAGCUGGAGGAACUGGCGGUCAAAGUUAGAGAGGACAACAGAGUCUAUGUUGAGGCUGAUGAUCUGGUAAUGCUAGAGAGAAAAGAGAAGGAUAGAGAAAGACGCGUGGAUGAACUUAACUACGACAAACUACGGAAAGACGAGAGGAACGCUGCGGAUCAAAGGAGGAGGAGCAGGGAGAGGGAUGAGGAGAGGAGAGACAGAAAGAGGGGAGAAGAGGAGAAGUCGGCGGGAAAGUCCAGACACGAGCGCGGAAAUGUCAAGGAAGGGGAGAGAGGAAGAGAUGGGGAGAGGGGAAGAGACGGGGAGAGAGGGAGAGACGGGGAGAGAGGGAGAGACAGAGAGAGGCACCGCCGCGACAGAGAAAGCAGAGAGUACGUGAGCGUGGAGGGGAGAGACGUGGAUCACAGAGAGCGCCCCCGGUCCCGGGACGACUUCCCGCAGCACGCCACGAGAGAGAGGCGCCUCAGACCGGAGUACAGCAGCAGCCGCCGGUACGUCUACAGCCAUGACCCCUGGUACAGGUCAAGGUCACCCCGGAGGUCAGGGCCGUACAUCAUCGCCUCCCCACAAGCCUUCCCGCCGGAGUUGGUCGACGUCUGGGAGCGGCCCAGGGGGUGGACGAUCCAGGGGUACGGCGGGCGGCGGCGGCCUUCCGAAGGCGGGCGAGAGGUCGAAGGUUACUUCACGCUUCCUGCAGGGGCGGGGCCAGGGGCGUGGCGGGAAGGAGAAAGAGUCCCGCGGCCCGCCCUAAGAGCCUCCGCCCACAACAUACAGGCAGAGAGGGCGCCCGCAGAGGUCCGGUUCCGGAACAGAAACGACAACGACGAUGAUGUUGACAGAGAGGAAGAGGGGGAGAUCGAUAGGGGGCGCUACUAUCGCCAACAGAGGAGUGCCGACGGAACCAGGAUGGAGGGCCGGAGAGAGAGGUCGGUGAGCUACCAGCACAUCCCAGGAGGCUCCACCCACGGGACGCCGCGGCCGACUCACGACGCGAGAGACAGAGCCCAGAGGCAGUACGAGCGCAUUGACCAACAGAGCCGCGACUCUCUACAGCAGAGGGCGGCCUCCCAGCCCUUCCUAGCCCAGGAGACCACCUCUGGUUGGUUAUAACGGACGUGGUGACGUCAAUAUAUCAUAUUAUCGUGCUAGACAAUUAAUUUGUACAGAGUUUGUAGAGCUACCCUUGAACUUUGUUGUUCCUUACCGACGUUUCCCCCCCUUCAUUGUAUCGAUACACACAUUUGUUUUUCACACGAUUUCUCACAUAGAAUAACACAAUACUAUCAUCAUCAUGGGACAUUUGGAAAGACGCUGCUGACGUUCUAUUAUUACUGCCAAUUUAUCUUAAAAUAGGCGCAAAGAAGCACAGUUCAUUUCAGGCUGGACCAAAGUAUGGUAUGACUGACUACAAGUCGAAUAAAUAAGGGAAUUCUAGAACUUUAGGUUUUUCUAGAACUUUAGUUUUUAGAGAACUGUUAAGGCGCUCUCCUCCCACUACAUUCAGUCCAAUUGAGACGGAGAUUUAGUCCAUGUAUCUCACCUUUUAAAUAACAUGGCAUGGUUUAUAGGGGCGUAAGAACCCACACAAUGCUCAAUUUUCUUUCUAAUCUUUUAGUUUUAUUUCUUUGCCUUCUGUUUCAACUGAACAAUUUUCUUAUUGAAGUACUCUUUAUGUUCUCAAAAGAAAUAGUAUUAGCUCAUACAGGCAUUACACAAACUGAACUUGAAGGGAACGAAGCUUUUAAGAAAAAUAUUAGCUAGGAUACACAAAAUAAUAUCAUCGUGUAUGUAAGACAGAAAGACAGAUGACCCACAAUAAUUCAAGGAAAGCUUUCCAAAGAAAAUACCACAUUUGAACUGUGAGACAGAACUUUGAGCACAGAAAAAUAAAUACCAAACGUUACUUUGAAACUUGUAACUUGUUACAGACAGACUUCCUCACACCGCGGCACUAUGGACUCGCCAGACCUAGAGCUGUUCUGACCAAUGGUAAAUAUGUAAUGUUAUCUCUUGUGUAGAGGAUCAAAAUAAAUGGACGCUAACAACAUUUAAGAAUUCCUAUUCUCUUCAUACCAAAGGCAUUCAAUGAUCAUUUCUAAUAAAGAUAAAAAGAAAAAAUAA